AUGUAUUUGAUGUUGCCUUGGCUCCUUUUCGUUGAUAUGGUGCUGGCAACCUCGUCACCCAUGUCAUCUCCUGGAGUAUUCAUUAAUCCGAGUGCAGAGGCAACUCAAAAUCCGUCAUGGGUGAUCGGGUCCCAUCAAAUGUUAUCAUGGAAAACGAGCCUCAAUAACUAUACAAUCGCGUUAUGGAAUCAGAAUUCAGAUGGAAAUGGAUACUCGAGGGGUCCAGCACUUUUAGAAUCCUACAAUGGCUCGGAUACGUGGCUUAAUUGGACGGUUCAGACAUACUCACUCUCUGCAUCCUCUGUGUUUUAUCUACUACUUCAACCCGGCGCUCUCAAUAAUAACGGCAACAGCACCGUCCCAACAGCGCAGUCUGUUGCCUCAAAUACCUUCAACGUUACCUCCACGAUUCCAAGUACCGAAAGUGAUAAGAAAGAUCACAAACUAGGCCUCAUCCUCUCUUUAUCCCUAACUAUUCCCUUUGUGCUUAUAUGUAUCGCUCUCAUCAUCUAUUUUGUUCGCUCACGACGACGUCGUGCCCUCGAAACUCCUCCUCAUUAUCAAUAUCCCUACCAUGUUGGAUUUCGAAAUCGCCCGAAUCGCUUCUUUGCCGCAAGCACCUCCCCUCGCACGUUUACUUUUCCCGACCAAGAUGACUCUCCUCGAGAGCGGGGGAGACAAGGUAGCAAGACUAGCAGCAACGGCAUUUACUUUCCACCUCCUCCGACCACUCCGAAAUCCCCUCUCUCAUUUGCCUCCAGCCUUAAGACCCUACGCGGUCUUAGAGGUAAUACUAUGAGCCCAGGCCAAAUCAAUACACCAAAUCAAAACUUCAGUCCAACUUUUCCGUCUUCUUAUCCGCGGACUACAGGAGGAUAUAAUGGACCUAGCCAACUAUCACCCACAUAUUACCCACUACAAAGAGUUCCACCCCUCACCCCCACCGACGCCGGGAAUCCACACAUUAAACAACUGCAAGAAGCGCAAGAAGAACUUGCAAUAGAGCGUCAAAGGCAGGGGGUCAGAAUGGGAUAUCCUCCAGAACGAAGUCCGUAUGACGAACCUCGAGUUGGGCCAGAAAACGGAGAUCAGAAAUGGGUUAUCAAGCCUUAUGUGCCGCCGGAGAUUCUAACCGCGACCAAGAAGAGAUAUCUUGAAGAGCAGGCUGGCGCAAAAACUGUGAGGAGCAAAUUUGAUUACGAUGAGCCAGGUGAACUGUGGUAG